CCCGAAAAUAGGGGCGGGUGCAGUUGGCGCCGUUGCGCUGAAAGCAGUGCGUACCUUUAUAAUAAGUAUGAGUGACUAUAAAGAAGGAGCGAACCUAGAUCCAGGAACAGCGGCUACUUUGAGUAUUGUUCUGACGCCAGUAGAUGCCCCGGGAGUUUCGUUGGGGGAUGGAGCGUCGCGGAUCAGACCCGGGCGUCAGAAGCCGAAGUGCCCACCUUGCGUAUCUCGUUCGCCGUCACCGACGCAAGAAGAGAUAGUUACUUUUGAGGAUAUAGAGAUAGAAGGUUUCGAGGAUAAUGAGCCUGCGAGCGGGCCAAAAGCAAAGAGACGCUACAGGCAAAAGGGGCAGGACUGGAGAGAGAUAUGUAGUCUCAAGUCCCCAGCUGCAUUUCAAAAGUGGCUCUUGGAAAAUGAGGCGGAGAUAAAGCCCGCCAGAUGGGCCAAGAAGCGGUGUACGACGACCAAGGCCGGCCGAAAGAGGUACUACCUCUGCAACAUACAGGGCUGCAGCUCAGAACUGGAAGUGCUCUAUGCGAACAACAGCGACGAGGUGCACGUGUCAUUCAAUUGCAAGGAUCAUGUUCAUUCAGAAGAGGCUCUUCGGCGCGAAUGGGGCUUGUCACCUUCAACCAAAAAGGAGGUGGUUCAACUCUGGGAAGCGGGAAUCAGAAAGCCAAGGGCAAUUGAAAGGGCUCUGAAGAGCAAAACCAUCACUGACUUCAAGCACAGACAGCUUGUGUGCUUCCUUGGAAAGCUGAGGAAGAAUUUGCAGGCACCGGUGACAUCCAUAAUCAAUGAUCUGCAAACGUGGUGCAGUGCGCACUCGGUCACUCAACCUGAUGCCGCGCUCGACGGAGAUCUGGACAACGUGUAUGUCAUGGACCACAAUAUCAGCGUGCAGACCGGCGGGUUCGCCUUUUUCUUGAGUUCGAGACGUCUGCUGAAAUUCGCCGCGCAGGCGCUCACGAUCAAUGUGGACACAUCUUGCAAACUCAAGUGGCAUGGUUCUUCAGUCCUGUUUGUGGGAGUCAGUGACGCCCGCGGAGAGUUCUUUCCGGUGAUGUUCUCCGUGCUGAGCUCCGAGACAAAUGCUAACUAUGUGCAGCUUCUUAAGACCCUGAAGCGAUGCGUUGAAGCGAUCACAAGCUCAGAGUUUCGGCCUCUUACUUACGUGGGAAACGGUGACGUACUUCUUAACAAAGCCAUGGGGGAAGUGUUUCCGGAAACCAGACGCCGUGUCUGCUGGCUGCACACCAGGAAGGAAAUCGCGACUCAACUCAGACGCCACGAAAGGGAGGCUCAGUCGUCUUUCGAAAAAGACAUCGCCGCGUUGCAGCUCUCUUGUGACCAGCAACAGUUCGAAGUCAGCUCGCUGCUGAUGCUGGAGAAGUGGCGUCGGCAGUGGCCGACGUCGGGAUUCAUCGACUUCUUCGAAGAACAUUUUCUGGCCGACAAUGCCACCUGGUUCGAGGGGUUCGACGACGUGUCAUACAGCACAAACAAAAAGCUGGCUUCAAUCACUAACGAAGUGAGAAAUCGGCAUACGUUCAGGGAGCAGCUUCCGCUUGAGCGGUUUCUACACCUCGCCGUGGCGCUGGUCAGAGAAUGGUCCGUUCGAGCACGGCAAACCGGAGAGCUCGUCAGGACUGUGGAGGCUGAUGAAGGUCUUCUGAAAGCGGCUUGCCAGCUACAGAAGCGGCAGAAGACGAUGGUGAACGACGGAAACGCCAUCUACAUCCCGUCCGGAGACCGCACGCUUGUGACCGUGGACGAAGUGGCCACAUUCGAGACGCAAAUGCACGGUGACGCGGACUCGUUUGACGCCUUCAUUGCGUUGAGGAUGUCGCUCUGGAAGGUUGUCGACCUGGCUGAUAAGUCGGACCUCUCACAACUCCGUUGCACGUGUCCCACUUACUUGCAGCGAAAGAUGUGCGAACACGUCUUGGCGAUUGGAGCGGCUUACAGCCUCUUUGAACUGCCACAGUCCGUGUGGAACGCGCUGCCGGAUACUCCGGAUGGAAAAAGGAAGCGCGGGCGGCCUCGCAAGCAUAAGCCUGCAGCGGAACUGACUUUCUGAACCGGAACCAAGGAGUAUGUCGCCGGAAAGCAGAAACUCCACUACCACGCCAGCUUACUGACUUACUGCAUUGGCGGCACGCACGCCAUUUUGUGUCUGUGAGAGUGCGUUUGAAGUUUCGGAUAUGUGGAUUAGUUUCUUGAACAGCCUCGCCUUACGCUCCUGCCGUGGAAGACAUGGGCUUAAGUUCAGCAUUUUAUAUAAUAACCUGCUUAGAGAAGCUAUGUCUUGCCUUCUGGUGCGUUGUAAUUUCCUAAUUCGCGCUUGAUAGCCUCUUGUUUAGUAUUAAUCGCGCGUGUACAUGUCCUGCGUUAAAAAGCGUCACAAUAGGGUCUUCGACCCGCAAAAAUGUUAGCAACUAACGUGGCACGUGCCUGGUCUGAAAUCGGACAUAACACAAGGCAUGUAAAAGCGGUUAGAUCGGUCAGCACAAUGAGGUCUAAAUAAAAGCACUUUCCUGUAACUGAAUUAUUGAAAUCGA